AAAGAAACACUUGAAUGCAGCACCAGAGGCGCGUGUCAGCUGCUGCUGGAGCUGGAAGGAAAACAACAGAAACGCAUGAAGUUUCAGCAGAUAGCUGCAGGAAAUGUGGACCAUGGUGAAAAACGGAAGCACAGCUGUCAUCGAGAACGAAACCAGUUCAAAGAUGGUUGACCCAGUUGUUGGAGAGCAGCUUUUACACACCGCUCAGCACAGGCCAGUCCAAGUUUCAACCGCAGCCACGACUCGUCCUUCCUACACUGAGGAGUCUUCAGCCAGGAGCAGUGGGAUCAUCCCGGGUGCGAUUGCAGCUGCAGUGUUCAUUGCCCUUUUGCUUGGUCUCUACGCUGUUCUCUGGAAGUGCAUGACUUCAUCGCAGCAACGAAAGCACAAGAAGGUGAGGAUAAGAGUCCAACAGAAGGCCUCAGUAUGAAGGGGUUCAAAAGAAAUCGGAAAUUGGAUUCAUGAAAAAUAUUUUUAAGACUGUCCACAAACCAAACCACCAACAUUUGACUCAGAAAGUGGACUUGCAGGCUUUGCUGUUUGCUUUUGUUGGUUUUAAAGCUUUUUGAUGUGAAACACUUUUUUUAACGUCCUGUGAACUCUGCGCCACUGAUGGGGGAGGAGGCACAGCUCACUCCUGGGAUCAAUAAGCGUUGCGCUUUAGAAGGAGAGAUUAUGUGGAUAUUUUUGAAAUAUGUAUGGAGAAUUUUCGGGCUUUGAUGGUGUAAUGAAAACCUUUACGUAUCCACCUUCAUUUUAAUCCACCCUCACUUUUUAAAGUCCUCAUAAAAGCUAUUUUUUAUACAAUAUACUGUUUUUAGUUUUUCUGGCAUUUAAUCAUAGGAAAGUAAAUUGUGUAAGAUGGAUAAUAUGAAACCACUUAAUCCUUUAAUAUGACUUUAUAGGAGGUUACUCACUGUAAAAAGGCUGCUAGGAGCAUUCAGACUACUACUUUAUGGUGAUUUUGUUUGAUAUUGUAUAUUUACUUGCGUUAUUUGAUUUUCUAAGGAUGCUGAAACUACUGUAUGACCUCUGACAUUACAAUAA